ACACAACAAAUACAUGCAAGUCGAAGCGUAUAGAAACCCAGUAGCUGGCUCUAAUUAAAGUCAAAACUUAACUAUUUGCCAUUUACUAAUUAACUUGUACUUAACACUCAAGUUACAUAAUUAUUUGAGUUUAAAGCUUAAUUCGACGUUGAAAAAUUACAAAAGUGAAACGGUGGAUAAGUCGAACAAAAAAUAAAUUAACAAUGUGCGACAGUGGGGGAAAUGCCCGGAUUUCUACGACCGGAAAUGGAGAGGUCCAAGGUCCAAAAUGGGAGUGGAUCACAUCUCACGACCAACGACUGAAAAAUCUACUUCUGAGCGGAUUCCAAAGCGAUUUGACCCUCGUAUUGGGCCAAAAAGGGUUGAAGGUUCCCGUCCAUCGAAUCUUCCUCCAAGCCGGGUCGCAAGUGCUUAAUAGCAAAAUAACCAAAUCCACUGAACAGCUAAUUAUUAAAAAUGUGGACACACGUAUUUUUCAAUUACUUCUCAAUUAUUUUUACACUGGGAAGUCACAAGUCGAAAUGAUUGAUGCCUUGGAAUUAAUGCAGCUCGCUACGGAAUAUGAAGUCUCUGGUUUAAGGGACAAUUGUGCUACUAUUUUGAUAGGAGACUUAUCUGUGGAAAGUGUUCUUCCCUUGUUCCAAAGUGGGAUGCUAUAUGCUCACGGUGACUUAAUCCAAAGCACGCUCAAGUUUAUUUGCAAGAACGCCAAAGCUGUCCUGCAACGUGAGGAAUUCACCAAGCUGCGUCAGGAAUGUCUCAUCGAAAUAAUACAGCAGGAUUCGCUUAAAGUUUUGAAUGAAAUGGUGGUUUUUGAAGCAGUGCAUCGAUGGGGUGUGGCCGAAUGCAAGCGCAAAAAUCUGGAUCCUACCGUCGUAGAAAAUCUUAAAAGCUGUCUUGCCAAACCGUUGAAUUAUGUCCGAUUUUCUUUAAUGGAUCCUUCUGAAUUUGCUCUAAACGUGAUUACCAAAAAGAUUCUUAGCACGGAGGAGUCGAUGGAACUACUCGCCAGCUUUCUGAUACCACAGAGGAGAAGCAAUCUUCUCCCACCUGGUCAAUUUUUAUCAAACCCUCGCAACUUUAUUUGUGGAGAAACGACUGUUACUCGGAGCAUUGUUGGCAACAACAGAUCAAUUUCUGACGCCCAUUCAGGCGGAAAUGCAAAUGGCAGUGAGACAAUAAUGAUUCGUGCAAGUGAAAAUGUGCUCCUGAAGUCUAUUUCGAUUCCCAAGAAAAUUUUGCAAUCUAAAGGACCUUAUGUGGACUAUUUCUAUGAUCUGGUGGAAGCUACAUUGACAAUUUCCAACGGAAGUGAUGCUGCAUGCAAGCUUGACAACAAAAUCGACACGACUCUGGACAACGACCUGCUCAAAAUUUGCUUAAAACCCCCCUAUCAAGUGUACAAGCACGACGGCUGGACCGGGCUCAGGGUAACGCUGUCUGGUCAGGUCGGCUAUAGUCGUGCUUCAUUCGAUCUAAAGAGACGGACGAAUAUGAGUAUACAUAACGAAGUAUUCCCUGAAAACACGUGCAACCGAGUGGUCACAAAUUAUGGAAGCUUUAAGACUCACAGAGGUUUUCUUAACGUUGAGAUUAAACGACCCGAAUUAUGCGGACCACAUCUAUCGUAUGGUUUUAUUGAGGAGUUGGAACUUACAGCGUUUUAAUUAAUAUUUAUGAAUGCAUUUUCUCAGUUCUAGUUCCUUAUUUCAUAAGUUAAAGUGGUUUUCAGAUUCACUCAUAUUUUUGUAUAAUAUUUUCCACGGUAUGAAUUUAAUUUAAUUAUUUAUUUAUGAUACCAUUCGAUCGAUUUUAAUUUGUAAAGUAUUGUUUUUAAUAUUAUUCAUUGAUUAAGGAUAAGAAUCAUUCGGGAUUCGACGAUACCCUCAUUCUAGGGAGGGUUUGAUAAUAUAAAUAUGAAAAAGGUUUCAAAUUUCAUGAAAUAUUGAUUGUUUUACAAUCAAUAUUUUACUAUUUUUUGCAUUUCUUUAAAACUUGUUCCGGCAUUGUUUUCCGAAUGAUCUACUUAUAAUAAAGCAAAAAUAAUGGUACGAAAAUGCA